UUAUCCUAACAUUUCUUCUCCCAGUACCCUGUUGAGCAUCCAGAGAAGUUCCUUAAGUUUGGUAUGACACCAUCCAAGGGUGUGUUGUUCUAUGGGCCACCAGGUUGUGGUAAAACCCUCCUUGCCAAAGCUAUUGCCAACGAGUGCCAAGCCAAUUUCAUCUCCAUCAAGGGUCCCGAGAUGUUGACCAUGUGGUUUGGUGAAUCAGAGGCUAAUGUCCGUGAAGUUUUUGAUAAAGCGAGACAAGCUGCUCCUUGUGUCCUCUUCUUUGACGAGUUGGAUUCGAUC